CGCGAGUGAAUGAAUGGAGGCGAGCUAAAGCUGGGCCGGUUCAGAACCGAGCAGGACGCGUCUAGAAUGGCUCCAACUUCUGCGGCGUGUUGUGUAGCGUUCUGGGGAUGAAUUCGGGUGGAGUUCGGAACGUCCCGAGGUGAUAGGUUCGCGCUAAAACCCAAGAAGACAACAUCACAACACGCUUCCGUCGAAGACUCGUUCACCGGCAACAAGUUCUGGAGGGCUGAACGUUUGGGAAGGAGAUUGGAGGCUGGUUUUGGACCGGGGCUCAUCGACAACGCGAACCGAGAGAUGAGCAGGAUCGUACGUUGAAGAAUACGUGUGUGACUGAAGCGCUUCAGAACACUGUAACCCGGUUCUGGUGGAGGUUCGUCUCUUCUCGCAUGCUCCGAUGGUUCCGAACAAGUGGACCAUGAACUCGGUCCUACACAAGUCACCUCCGAGGAGCUGGCUGGGACUCAAACUCCGAAUCAAUGACAAGCCGGCCCAAGAGGAGGUGGUGUGUCAGCACCCGGAGUGUCCCGAGCACAGGAGAGCGUCCAAGGUUUGCCACCACCCGGAUUGCCAGGACCUCAACAACAAGAACCCCCUCCACCUGUGUGAGUCAUGUGACUCACGCCGCCAUUCAGAGAGGACCGACAACAUGCACUUUGACCGGCACCCGCGAUUUGACUUGCAACCUCAAGCCCCCAUCCUGUCUCGCAACGUGUCCACACGCUCCUGCCCCCCGCUCACCGGCCCCCCCUCUGACAUGGAGGAGGAGGACGAGGGCAGCAGUGACCGCGGGGAGCGAAAAAGUGGAGGGAUCAAGUUGGUGAAGAAGAAGCCGCGGAGACGACACACGGAUGAUCCCAGUAAAGAGUGCUUCAGCCUCAAGUUUGACCUCAACGUGGACAUCAACACUGAAAUAGUUCCUGCCAUGAAAAAGAAAACUCUGAGGGAGGUUUUGGGCCCCGUGUUUGAGAGGAAUGGCAUCGAGCUGUCCCGGGUGGACCUGUUCCUGGACCAGUCCAACACACCGCUGUCCCUCAACUUUGAAGCGUAUCGUUUUGGAGGUCACUACCUCAAAGUUAAAGCGCGGCCGGGCGAUGAGCUGAAGGUGGAGCAGGGGGUGAAGGACCUGCGCUCGCUCAGCCUGCCCAACAUGAAGCCUUCCGGGAGCCCCUACAUCCUGACUCCGGACCGGCCAGAACAUGGGUCGCUGGGUCGCAGGGAAAGUCCCGAUCCACUGGGUCAGGCACGACGAAGGAAGAACAUGACCGAGUUCCUGGGGGAGGCCAACAUCCCGACCCCGGACGCGCUCGGGCAGAUGGGCGGGUCCCUGCCCAGUGCCGGAGGUGUACCUGAGAGCUGGAAGAACCGCGCUGCCAACCGCUUCAGCGUUUUGUUCAGCUCUAACACAGGAGCCGGCACGUUCGGCAAGGAAGUGGACCGGCUUGAGCAGCUGCAGAGCAAGCUUCACUCCUACACCAUGUUUGGACUCCCAAAGGUUCCUCACCAGCUCUCAUUCCACCAUGACUCCUGGGAGGACGAGGAGGAAGAGCUGGAGGACAGCUGGCAGUCGCUGCUGGACAACCCCGAGGGGCUGACCAGGCGACAAGUCCACCAGCAGGAGGCAGUGUGGGAGCUGCUGCAAACUGAAGCCACCUACAUCAGGAAACUCCGAGUUAUCACUGAGCUCUUCCUGUCUAGCCUGCUGAACCUUCAGGACAGUGGUCUUCUUACGGAGGUGGAGCCAAGCAGGCUCUUCAGCAACAUCCAGGAGAUCCUUCACCUGCACACGACUCUGUGGAACCAGGUCAUGCUGCCGGUGCUGGAGAAGGCCCGUCAGGCUCGGAUGCCGCUGGACCCCACCAACCUCCAUGAGGGGUUCAGUACGUUUGGUUCCAGGUUCCAGCCGUACAUCCGCUACUGCAUGGAGGAAGAGGCCUGCAUGGAGUACAUGAGGUCGCUGCUCAGGGAGAACGAGCUCUUCAGGACCUAUAUCACAUGGGCAGAGGCACACAAGCAGUGCAACCGUCUGAAGCUGACCGACAUGCUGGCCAAGCCCCACCAGAGACUCACCAAGUACCCGCUGCUGCUGAAGAUUGUGCUGAAGAAGACGGAUGACCCGUCGGCCCGGGACAUGGUUAGCGGCAUGGUGGCGGCAGUGGAGCGCUUCAUCAACAGCGUGGACUCUCAGAUGCGCCAGUGUCAGGAGCAGCAGAAGCUUGCCACCAUCUCAGCCCGCAUCGAGUCCUACGAAGCUGUAGAGGGCAGCAGUGAGGAGGCGGAGAAGAUCCUGAAAGAGUUCAACUGCUUCGAUCUGAUGUCUCCCAUGAGAGGAGUCAGUCCUGAAGAGACGCGUCAGCUCCACCUGGAGGGGGCGCUGAGGAUGAAGGAGGGCAAGGAGAGCAGGAUGGACGUCUACUGUUUCCUCUUCACUGACCUGCUGCUGAUCACCAAGUCGGUGAAGCGGGUGGAGAAGGUGAAGAUCAUCCGACAGCCUCUGAUGCUCCACAAUGUGGUGUGUAAGGAGCUGAAAGACCCGGGCUCCUUCAUCCUCAUCUACCUCAACGAGUUCAAGAGCGCCGUGGCCGCUUACACCUUCCAGGCCAACAGCGCCUCCCAGGGGCGAAGCUGGGUCGACGCCGUCUGCAACGUCCAGAACCAGCUGCAGCGGCUGCAGGCAGAGGAGGAGCUGAGGCUGCAGCGAUGUCUGCAGGGAGAGGAAGAGGAGGAGGAAGACGAGAGCAGCAACUCCACCACCAGCUCACCUGCGCUCAGACAUAAAGAGUCUCAGAACACCAGCCAAUCGGACGGCUCCACUGAGACUCUGUCGGUGAUGGACGUGGAUGAUCCCUCUGAACAAGCGUCUUCUGCUGCCAACAUGAACCUGGACAGCUCCACUGUGUCUGAAGGGUCCGAGGUCCAGCAGAGCCCCGGAGACGAGGAGGACCUGGACCCGCAGUGUCGCUCUCUCUCCAUGGACAGUGCCUACGGUACUCUCUCGCCGAUGUCUCUCCUGCGAGAACUGGAGCCGGCGCCGGGUCAGAGUGAAGGAGAGGAGACUGAGGAAGAGGGGGAGCUCCAGGUGGAGUUGGGGGCGACAGUAGAAGAAGAAGAGGAGGAGGAGGAGGAGGACUCUGCGUCGCUGGGGUCGCAGGUCUCAGUGGUCCAGUCUUGCAAACCUCGUCGGCGCCCGCACGUGCAACCGCGAGCCCACCCUUUACCCACACUGUCCUCACAGACACUGUCCCGCUCCGAGGACAACCUCCUGCAGCGCCUGCGCCCCAGGACGCCGCUGACCCACACCAGGUCCCUCAACACAGACCCACUCGACCAAUCACAGCACAGGGAAACGGACUCCUCGUCGCUGCCUCACAGCCGCAGCCUGUCAGAGCUGGGCCACCACUGGCAGGACGAGACCAACCCCCCGGACAAGCUCAUGGCCACCCUGAUGAGGGCGGAGGCCGCACUCAGGACAGGGGCCAGCACCUCCUCACCGACCUUCAGGGACGCAGAGGACGAGUCCUCGGGGAGGAUGUCGCCGGGCAAGAGGAAGUCACCCACGCCGCACAAGAAGCUGACGCUGGCUCAGCUCUACAGGAUCCGCACCACCAUGGUCCUCAACUCCACCCUGACUGCAUCUGAGGUGUGACCUCGUCGUCUUCCUGACCCUGAGCAACUGUCAGACCCCUGUUGGCAUGGAGAGACUUUUUUUGUUUGAGACACGCAUGCACUCUCUCUUCCUGCUCUCUCCCUUCCCGUCAGGGAUGUUGUUGCAUCCCUGCAUGUCUUUCCUCGGGAGGCAGGGACUAAGAGACACUGUUUUUGCACUUUGGCGUGGCGGCUCAGAGGCGGGAUGUCGGGCCUCGCCGGCCUCCAGGCAGAGGUCUCCUGACCCCCAACGCGGGCCAAGUCCGGACCAGGACUUGAAUGGAUGAAUGAGUUUGCCACUGACGUCCCAGUACUUGUGGUUUGAUUCUGAGGACGGCGGAGAAGAAUUGCACAGUUUUGUUGUUGAUUUGGGGAAAAACUCAAUAAAUCAGUCACAUUGUUUGUUUACUGCGCGCGAAUGUGAUUGUAUGUGCACUAUGUAUGUAAGAAUGCACACAGCAGGUGUGUUUACCAGGUGAAUGUUGGAUGUGUGUGCGUGUGUGUAGAUUCCUGACUGAACCAAAACCUCCGCUAGUGAACACAAACACACCCAAAGAUAGACAAACUGCCAGCUGAUUUUUGAAAAAUAAAAUCCACCCAAAGUGUUUGCUUCUGUGGAAUUUCUGCCAUUUUGUCGUCGCUGGCGAGAAGAAAAGAUGUUUACCUGUUGAUCUGAGAACUGACUGAACCUUCCUGCAUGUCAUGUAAACGGACGACAGCGCACAAGUAGCACCAAAGUUCACUGCGUGUAGUUUGUUGUGAGUCUGCAGGAGCAAUCAAGAACACUAAAAUAUUCACAGCGAUCUUUUCCAAACAUUUCUGUUUACUCCCGUCUGUGUCAUAUUUAUUUUGCCUGCUUUUGUUUUAUAUUAAAAAAGGUAUUGUGUGCCCCCCUCUGUAUAUUAUUUGGUUUAGUCUGUGUUAGUGGCAUGUACCACGCCCAUAAGUUAAAGUGUCUUACUUCACCAAAUCUGCUGGAAACCAUUGUGAUGGGUGGAGAUAAGGAAAUUAAAGCCGUCUAAAAGCAACCUGUCUUUUUCUUC